CCCCGCCUUUUAUAUAUAACGCCACUCUCUCUUCUUCCAUGCCCGUUUUCAGAGAUUUCGUUUCCUCUUCCUUAAUUCAGCCCGAGAAAGGUAACCAUGGGCGGCUGUGCGACGAAGCCGAAGGUGUCGAAGGGCGCCGAUGCCGGCGAGCCACCGGUUCCGGCGCCGGAGCCCGUUAAGGAUCAGGAGGUUGCUGCUGUCACGGCUUCAGAGGCGAAGGCCGUGGAGUCCACUGUCACUUUGCCAGAGACGGUCGAGAAGAAGGACGAGGCGGCGGCAGUGGCGGCUGAGGUAUUGGAGCUCACUGAAGGAGUUAAGGAGAUCGUGGUGGACGACGAUAAGGUCGACGACCAAGCAAGCAAGCGCCGGUCCCUGAGUCUCCUGUUCAACAAGGAGAAUGAAGAAAAGAAGUCCCCCACAGAGAGCGAAGAGCCAUCCUCGGAGCCGACAAAACCUGAAGAGCCCUCAGCAAUUGUAACCUCGGUGAAGGAAUCUGACGCCGAGAGCGAGCCAGUUGAAACUGAAAAGUCUGUGACGCACAUUGAACCCAAAGAAGUACCUGCUCCAGCUGCCGUAGAGGAGGCUCAAGAGAAGGCAGAACAAGAGAAAGAUACUGAAGUUGCAGAAGUGGUAGCAACUGAACCUAGCAAUACACUAGAGAAGAAAGCCGAGGCGGAAAAGGCUACUCUGGAUGAAAAGGAGAACAAAGCAUAGUUGAUCUGGAGUCGACCGGAACGGUUUGAUGGUCUAUUCUUGUUGGCUUGUUCUUUGAUGAGUUUCGGGCAUAAGUUAUUUCCAUUGUUUUGUAAAAUAUAUAUAUCUGAAUUUUUUCCCCCUUAAAUCUCUCUGUACCUCUUUGUCUUGAUCAACAGUGUCGUCUAAAUAUCACAUUUAAGAGUUUGAUCUUUCCGUACA